AUGUUGCAAGGUGAUGAUGACCUGACAGCGGGAUUCCUUGACACUAGCUCUACGAAAUUCCUCUUUACAACCCGCACAGUAUCACCAGUCUACACUAAUCAGUUCGACAAUCCCUGGGGUGGCGAAACUAGCUUUGAGCCUGAGACGCACACGAACAUCCUCACCCCAAGAGACGCAGUGGAAGAUGCCUUAUUGAGUUCAGGAAUCACUCCUGCGAUGGGUGUGGACGUGCCAGAGUUAUAUGAUACGGCUUAUAUUCGAUCAGGGCCUACGGGGGAUCGUGUCAGUUUGGAGUCCCUUGAAAGAGUUAUGGGUCUUGGUGGAGUGACGAUUAUUGGCAUUGUCGUUCCACCUGGUUCUCAGUACGUCACACGCAAUGAGUUUAACACCGCCUUGGCAUUAGUUGCCUGUGCCCAGAAACAUAUGGAUGUCUCCCUCGAAACUGUCCAGCAGCAUAGAAAUGAUUUACCCGAACUUAUCUUGGCAAACAUUGAUACAAUGUACACCCAACGAACUCCAAUAUCAUCUAGGGUUAACGGACAAAGAUUACAACAGACUCGGCUUGAAUUACAGAAACAACAACAACAGCAGAGAAUAGUAGAUCCAUGGGUAACCACCAGACCACUCAUCCAAAACGAAAACACACCAAACCACUACAACCCAGAAGAUCUACGACCCACAAUUCCAACUAACCCACAAGAGCUAAUUCGAUCGCGUGGGAUCAACCCGUCGUCUACUGCAACAACAAUCAACAAUAACAAUAACAAUAACAAUAAUAAUUUUAUCACAAGUAAUAACAAUAAUAACACAACUACAACAACUACUACAACAACUACUUCUGCUACUACCCUUUCCAAUAAACGACAUCUGGCAGACAAACUUCCUUCAGAAGCUCACCAAUGGUUUGCUCAAAUGGACAGGGUCCGAGUUGAUCUCAUGGAAGAAAAAGAAGGAUUUUUAUUCAAACACGCGAACUACAAGAUCGAGAGUGAACAGCACAACUGUUCUGUACUGCGUAGAUACAGUGAUUUUUGCUGGCUGGCUGAGAUGCUCUUGAAACGAUACCCACUUCGUAUGUUACCAACCCUACCACCAAAACAAAGUUCUCACACCACAGAGAGAUUUCUAGAAGACGAGGUGUUUUUAGAAAGACGGCGAAAAGGACUAGAACGAUUCCUGGGCAGUAUAGUCCGUCACCCGAUACUUGCCAAAGAUGAACUUGUGGCAGUGUUUCUGACAGAAUCAUCUGCGUUAAGAACAUGGCUAAGAUCUCACUCACCUUUAAUCGAAGAAGAAUUUAUGCAUCAACACCUGUCUUUUGAAGAAGUCGAGAGAAGAGUGCCAGAUCAACUAGACCUUCAACUCGAAACACUCCGUAAGCGCCUUGAACCUCUAACACAACUUUACCACACCCUGUGCAGUCAAAUGGAGCGAAUGAUCAGACUCGAGGAAGCACAGGCAGCCGAGUUUGACCAUUACAGUGCAACCUUAAAUGCAAUGUGUACAUUGGAACAAGCAUGUUACGUGCCAGAGUGUUUACCUUGUGGGUUUGUCAUCCAUGGUUAUGAGUCAGUAUCAAAACACAUGCAAAGAGCAGGGCAGAUCCAAAAUGAUCAGACAUUGGUGACAAGAUAUACUACCUUGGAGAACCUACGACGGCAAAGGGAUCUAUUGAUAUCAUUUAAAGAAAUGUUGGAUCGUAGAGAUCGAUUGGUACCUUCCGUACCGACAUCAAAAGCAAAACGGGAUCCUGAUCGUGAAUCUGAAAGUUAUUUGGGAACACCUCGAGUGUCAGCUCAACAGCAACGACGCACGUUUGUUCAAUAUUGCCUUGCAUCCGAAAUAUCCUUUUUACACAAGCACCAAGCAUUUGUUUCCCAAUUAUACCAAGAUUAUGCAUUUGAACAAAUCAAAUAUGAACGAAAAUUAAGUGACAAUUGGAAGAUAUUACAGGUCCUUGCCUCUGAAAUGCCAUCUGAACCAGACGAUUUCGCUUAG